AUGACGUCCCACGAUGCCAGCCGCUCCAAUGCCACGGUUCCAGCGGCCAUGCGCGGCCUCACCAAGCAACAGCGGCGCAAAUUCUUCCGCCGCAGGGGAGGACAAGACCACGAGACCGAGCCACGUUCCAAGCGAGGUUUGGAGAAGACACCAGAGGAGGCGGCAGAAGCCCAUUUCCGGGCAUUGCGCAGAAGAUGUGGUGUUCCAGACACCGGUGUGCCUCGUUUCUUCGAGCCGGUGUUUCCCUGCAACUCGGAUGCCAAGAAGCGCUGGUCCUACCGUGCCAGCACUCUUCAAGCAGCUUAUGCGCAGAGGGUCGAGUGGACAGCUACAGAGAAGCAGCUGCUUCAACGGGCGCUACACGCCGAGCUUCAGGAGGCAGCGUUCCAGGAAGCCUUGGAGGACCUGGAAGACUCCAAGCCCGCCGCGCGUCAAAAGCGUCUCGUUCAGCUCGCGCAGCAAGUGCAGCAAAAGAGGCUUCGCGAGCUGCUCGCAGAGCGCGGCCAGGUUGAAUGGAAGAUUUUUCGAAUCGUUCUGCCGGCUGUCCAGCGAAGAAGAUGCGCCCAAACUCGCGAUUGUGCAUGA